AUGGCGCCUGUGGCACUGAAUACGGUGGAAAACGAAGUGAAGGAUGUGAUUCAACAUCUAUUCGAGAUCCAAUCGGCCGUCCACGGCUAUCUAGGCCCCGAGACUCAGAUUGAGUUGGUCCGAAAGAUAAAAAACCUCACCAUCGCCCUCAACACCCUCUCAAGCGACACAAAGCCAGACCCAUCCAUCAACUCCGAAACCUACAAUACCAAUAAUUCAACAACAAACCGCGACGACCCGCCCGUCGCAAGCAUCCAACUCCCGCCCGAGAUCAUAGAUUACGUCGACGCCGCGCGAAACCCCGACAUCUAUACGCGCGAAUUCGUCGAAUUGGUGCAACGUGGGAAUCAAGAUCUCAAGGGCAAGAAAGAGGCAUUUGCGAGUUUUAGGGAUGUCUUGGCUACGGAGAUGAGGAGCGCAAUGCCCGAGUGUCGGCGGGAGGUUGACCGGGUUGUUGCGAAUACGGCUGGCCCGAAUGGGGGUGCUUGA